ACAAAGGAAGCGCGUUUGUUUGAGCCACUAAUCAUGGUGAAUCAUAUCAAUAUCGUCGGUCUCUGCGCUUGACAGAGACCUCUUGCAUUAACAUGGCUCCGAAGUACCCUAAAAUCUUAGGCUAUGAGCUCAUUCAACAAAUCGGUGGAGGUAGCUUCUCGAGCGUGUUCAGAGCCGUCAAUAUAGAGAACCAUCAAGUGGCAGCAUGCAAGGUGAUAUUUAUUAAGGAGCAGACUACCGAGAAGGAACGCAAGGUUGUUGAAAAGGAGAUGAAACUUCAUAAACUCCUCAAGCACAAGCAUGUCCUAGAGUUUCUACAUGCUGCCGUGGUGGAGCGCAAAUAUAAGGAUAGCUAUGUGCCUGGAAUUUACAUGCUGCUAGAGCUUGCUGCAGGAGGAGACCUCUUCGAUAAGAUUGCGCCGAAUGUUGGGAUUGGAGAGGAUGUGGCACACUACUAUUUCGGCCAGUUACUGGCAGGGAUGGACUUUAUUCAUCGCGAAGGAGUUUGCCACCGUGACCUGAAACCGGAAAAUAUUUUGCUCGAUGUAGCUGGUACCCUCAAGAUUUCAGACUUUGGUCUCGCAGCAGUCUACAAACUCAAGGAAAGCGGCAAGACAAGACAAUUGAACGAAUUGUGUGGCAGCUUGCCGUACAUGGCCCCAGAAGUUCACUAUGAAACACCGUAUGAAGCAGAACCAAUUGACGUCUGGGGGAUUGGUAUCAUUCUUUUCACACUUCUCGCGGGAAAUACCCCUUGGGAUCAAUCCACAGCACAGUCGUCAGAGUUCUGUCAGUAUAUCACGGGCGAGAUAUUCAACGAGCUCCCUUGGAAUCGUCUAAAAGCAGAAGUCCUAUCACUUAUCUGUGGCCUCCUAACUAUCGAGCCAGAGAAGCGUAUGACGCUCGCCGAAGCAUUUGCUCACCCGUGGUGCAUAAGACCAAGCCAAAUUGCGAAGCAAGGUGUUGUCGCGCUUGCAGACCACUUAACUGAGUCUUUGAGGGCGAACGGUGAUCUGAAUUAUGCGAUGCCGGAUAUUGCAAUCUCUGCUGAAACUCGCAAAGAUAAAGAUGGAGACGAGAUCAUGCUCUCUGCAACCCAUCAAUCCCAAUUCACCCAAUCGCUUUUAUUAUUCUCACAAACACAGUCAGGUCGCAGGUAUACACCUAACCUUACUCGCUUCUAUACUUCUCUUGGGCCAGGGAUCAUGAUGCAACUCGUAAAGGAAUCCUUGACUACCCUCGGCGUCAAACACAAAGACGGACCUACCGGUGAGGAUGAACGAGGGGAGAUCCUUCGGUUGCGCGUAGGCGGGUAUGACAAACGGAAUAUCGCAUUCAAAGGCUGGGUCGAGCUCGAGAACUUCCGCUACGCUGAAACUGACGGAAGCUUCUGCUUGAUGACUCGAGACAUUGGAAAUCCUAUUUCGUGGCGCCAGUUGUGGAAAGCACUAAUUUUGUCACCGGCCGUGGAUCCUCACGUACUCCGCAAAUGACUCCAUUAGCACUAUGACACUCGAACACUGCCGUGUGUUGUUUGAACUUAUGUCAUUUGGAUAUCUUCGCGAGCUUCUUUCUUGCUGCCUUGUACACGAUCUGAUUGAACGCUUCUUACAGUGUGCCAUACACUGCUAUACCAAAAGACAAUCUGUUUGCUCGAAAAUCGAGGUGGUUCGCUUUCCUAAAAUCCUAUUGCAAUUCAAUUGUAGUUUCAUCGAUUCAAGCCUUUGCACCAUGGAUGCUGAAACCCGUCUUGAUCGUGCAUUCUUUUCCCCUCUCAACGUCUAUGCCGAUAGAUUCUCAACCACAAAAUUUUAGACAAACUGCCGGGCGAUUCUCUUCAGACAGCCUGAAAGAAGCUGGGCAGACUCCAUUGAACACACCAGAACACACUUGACUAUCUUGGAAUGU